AUGUCAGAUAUAUCAGAUUUUUCAGAAACGGCAGAAAUUUCUGAAAAUGAAAAGGAAAAGAAAUUCUUCAAAAAGAAAGCCUCAAAGAAUUCAACUCUCUCAAAGAAUAAUACGAUGGACAAAACGGAAUUGCUCAGCAAAACCAGUAGUAUCAGAAGUGUUGACAAUGUACAAGAUGAAUAUGGGAAAUUAUCUAUACAAAAAUCAGGAACACUUAAAUCGACAAAAAGUUUGGCUACGAAAAAAGAGUCUGAAGAUGAUCAUAUGUUAAUUGGAAAUUAUUCAAAGUCAUUUAAAACUUUAAACAAUGCUUCGAAAUUGAGAGAAGACGGAAAACCUAAUCCCCUCCCCAAUGCAAGAGUAGCAGAUUGUGUUAUGUCUCCACCAGAAUUUUUUUUGUCUCACAUUUAUCAUGAUAACAAAGUGUUUACAAAAAAGUAUGGUCAUUCUAUAGUAGAAUACGAGAAUGAGUUUUUUAUUUAUGGAGGAAUAAAUUCAAAUAAUGAAUAUUUAGAUGAAUUCUUAACAUUCACUUAUGGUCUUAAUACAUUUACAUCUAAAAAGUUGGAUCUUAAUCCAGGAAAAAGAGCAUAUGCAUCGAUGACAUUAACAUACAACAUUAAUAAUAAUCCAUCAUUAUUAUUAUUUGGAGGAUUAUGUGGGUCAAAUACAUUGGCAAAGGAUUGUUAUAUGUAUGACUUUAUGGAAGAUAGCUGGUCUAGAUAUACACACAAAUUAGAAUCCAUUCCAGGAUCAAGAUAUGGACAUGCUUAUACCUUUUGCCCUAAUACAUACACAACAAUUAUAUGGGGAGGAUUAAAUAGAAAUAAUGAAUUGUUAAAUACGGGUCAUAAAUUCGUUGGAGGUGAAUGGUCUGAAAUCAAACAUAAAGGUUUAUGCCCAUCAGGAAGAGUUCAUUCUUCCAUUGUUUGGUUAGAUAGGGUUACAAAAGAUAACGUAAAUUAUAGUUUUCUUUAUCUAUUUGGUGGAGAUCUUACAAAUAAAGGUACUCCGACAGAUGAAUUAUGGGUAUAUAAUUUGAAUAAUGAGAGUUGGGCAAUGGUUAAAAAUUCAUCUGGUGCAUCCCCUUGCCCUAGAUGGAAACAUGGAGCUGUUAUUAUUGAUAAGAAUAUGUGGAUUAGUGGUGGACUUUGCUCUGGAUGGUUUUCAAAUUAUUCUAUUCCAGAUUUGUAUGUAUAUGAUAUACCUUCCAAUUGUUGGUUUAACUGUCAAAUAGCAUCUAAGCAAAUUCAUAAUUGUUAUGAUUAUGGUACAUUAAAUAUACAUUCUCAAACAAGGGCUUUCUUUCUAUUUGGGGGGAAAAAUGCUAAUAAUGAUCCCACCUCAAAUGUAUGUAGGUUUGCACCUCUAUGCACAAAUGUAUCUAUUAUGACCAUGCGGAAUGAGAUAAAAAGAUUCUCCAAUUAUGUACUUGAAGUAAAGAAAGAAUCUGAAGAAACUGCAAACAAUGUGUCAGAAAUGCAAAAGAUUAUUCAUACCUUUAGUUUAGAUAUAAAAGAUUUUAAAAUAUUAUUUGAAGCCCUCACACGAAGUAUACAGAUGCUUAAGGAAAAUAUAGAAAAUGUCGAUCAGGAGGUUGCUCUUCUUAGAAAGCAAAUUUCUGAAGGUGAAAAAAAAGAUGACACUGAUAAAGGACAAAUAAACGUUGUUGAGACUUCAACAAAAGAGCCUGAAGUCGAAAAUGUAGUUAAGGAAGACGAAAGUAAAAAAGCCGAGGGGUUGUAA